CGAUUAAUUUCCAAUUUAUAUCCAACAUCCAAAAUGAGCAAGCGCCCGGCCGAGGAACCUCUGGAACAAACCACCGCAUCCCCUUUCUCGAAACGCGCGAGGGUCGAGGACGUCGUCGAUGAGGAUGCGCCUGCUCCCAUUACCACAAAGCCGACCAACGGACAUACCGAUGGCAUAGCUGAUGCUGCCGCGCAAGAGAAUGGCGCGCUAGAAGAGGCCGAGCUGGAAGACGAUGACGAGGACAACCUACCUGCAGUGUCAGGCCCGACGCGACAAAAAGCGCCAGCUGAAGGUUACUCGGACUUGUACUUGGACACCAUCAACCGCGGCGUGCUGGACUUUGACUUCGAGAAAUUGUGCAGUGUCACCCUUUCAAAUAUCAACGUCUACGCCUGUCUGGUAUGCGGCACAUACUACCAGGGUCGUGGCCCCAAGUCGCAAGCCUACUACCACGCCCUUGACAUCGGUCACCAUGUCUUUAUCAACAUGCACACCAAGCAAGUUUACGUACUGCCCGAUGGUUACGAGGUCAAGCAUAAGAGUCUGGAAGAUAUCAAGUUUGUCGUUGAUCCGACCUACUCAAAACAAGAUGUUGCGAAACUGGACAAGGUCCGAGAACCUGCUUGGGACCUUCAAGACAAGAAAUACACGCCAGGCUAUGUCGGUAUGAACAACAUCAAGGCCAACGACUACUUCAACGUCGUCUGCCACGCCCUUGCUCAUGUCCCUCCGCUCCGUAACUUCUUCGUGCUCGAGGACUUGCACGAUCGCCCACAGCUGGUCCAGCGAUUUGGUACUCUGCUACGAAAGAUCUGGAACCCUCGCUCGUUCAAAGCACACGUCUCUCCUCACGAACUGCUGCAGGAAAUUUCACAGCGCUCCAACAAGAAGUUUUCGUUGACAGAACAAGCCGAUCCUGCAGAUUUCCUUUCCUGGUUCCUAAACAACCUACACACCGGCCUGGGAGGUAGUCGGUCGAAGCCUAGAAGUAGCAUCGUGCAGAAGAUUUUCCAAGGCCAACUCCGCGUUGAAUCGCAAUCUAUCACCGCUCGUGCCGAUGCUCAAGAUCGAUUGCGCUUCGAAGAUGCUGCCAUCCAAAGCGCCGUGACGCCUUUCAUGAUGUUGACACUGGAUCUCCCGGCCGCACCGCUGUUUCAAGACGACAGAAAUGAGAACAUCAUCCCUCAAGUCAGUCUCACAAACAUCCUGGGUAAAUACGAUGGCAUUCGCGCCCAGGAACGUCUCAACACUCGCCUACGCUAUCGUCUCCUACAUCCUCUUCCGCCGUACUUGCUCAUGCACGUCAAGCGCUUUGCGCCAAACAAAUUCCUCCAGACACAACGCAAUCCUACCAUCGUCACAUUCUCUCCUCGCUCACUAGACAUGUCCCCCUAUGUCGAACCGAACCCAUCACUACAUCCUCCUGCAGAGCCCAUCAUCUACGAUUUAGUCGCCAACAUCACCCACGAAGGUGUUCGCGUACGUGAUGACAGUGUCGAGGGAGAAGCCGAGAAGAAGGUCUGGCGUGUGCAAUUGCUGGAUAGGGGCAAGGAGAAGGGCGGCAAUGCCGACACCGAUCGCUGGGUGGAGAUGCAAGACCUGUGGGUCGGCAGAGUCGAAGCCGAACUGCUGAGUACAAAGGAAGCAUACGUGAUGGUUUGGGAAAGGAGAAGAGGCAAUGCCGCUCCGAAAAAGAAGUAAUAGUUCUAUUCCAAAAUAAAGAUGAAACCUCGCGACAAAUUUGUCCAGGAUCAAUAGCGCGAGAUCG